AAAUCCCGCCGAGGAACGCCUGAGGGCCGGGCCGCGCCAUUCCCGGAUCCGCCGGCUGGGAAUCGCGGGUCCCCGCGCGUCCUGCAGCACUUCCCGCGCCGCGCCCCCAGCCCAGGGCGCCGGCUCUGUGCGGGGGUGCCCGGGCGGUCGGGAGAAUGAGCCGCAUCUACCACGACGGCGCGCUCCGGAACAAGGCGGUGCAGAGCGUCCGGCUGCCGGGGGCCUGGGACCCCGCCGCCCACCAGGGGGGAAAUGGUGUCCUGCUGGAGGGAGAACUGAUCGAUGUAUCUCGGCACAGCAUCUUGGACGCUCAUGGCAGGAAGGAGCGCUACUAUGUGCUGUAUAUCCGGCCCAGUCACAUCCAUCGCCGUAAAUUCGACGCCAAGGGAAAUGAAAUCGAGCCCAACUUCAGCGCCACCAGGAAGGUGAACACGGGCUUCCUCAUGUCGUCCUACAAGGUGGAAGCCAAGGGGGACACUGACAGGCUCACGCCCGAGGCACUGAAGGGGCUGGUCAACAAGCCAGAGCUGCUGGCGCUGACAGAGAGCCUCACCCCCGACCACACAGUGGCGUUCUGGAUGCCCGAGUCAGAGAUGGAGGCGAUGGAACUCGAGCUGGGGGCCGGGGUACGGCUGAAGACUCGGGGCGAUGGUCCCUUCCUGGAUUCAUUGGCCAAACUUGAGGCUGGAACAGUGACCAAGUGUAAUUUCACUGGUGAUGGAAAGACAGGGGCAUCCUGGACAGACAACAUCAUGGCCCAAAAGUGUUCGGAGGGGGCUGCAGCGGAGAUCCGAGAGCAGGGGGAUGGGGCAGAGGACGAGGAGUGGGAUGACUGAGGGACGUGGCUGCCUCCGGGGGCACCAGCACCUUCUGUAGCAUUGUGGAACAUUUCUUCCAUGAACUUCUACUCUGGAGCUGGAGAGAACAGUCUGCCGAGUCUUACCUGGUUCUUCCCCAUAGCCACCUUGGAAUACUCUUUGAACAAGCUCUGCUAAAACCAAACCCAUGACCACUGUGUUGGUGGUGGGGCCUCAUGCUGUGGCUCAGGGAGGGCCCCUCCCUGCAUGUGAGUCUAGCCUUCCUAGACAUUACAUGAUGACCCUUUAAAAAAAAAUUAGAGAUGGAGGUCUCACUAUGUUGCCCAGGCUGAUCUCAAACUCCUAGACUCAAGCAAUCCACCCACCUCCACCUCCCAAGGUGUUGGGAUUACAGGCAUGAGCCACCACACCCAGCCUCAUGUUGACCCUGGCCCUGGAUAGCAGCUUUGUUUGUAGAGGCAGGUGGUGGGAGAGACCCUAGGACAGCCUGAGAGUAACUGGACCUGGUAUUGGUGCGGAGUGGGGAAUAUCCCUUGUCUAAAUGCAGAGCAGCUGAGAGAAGUUAGCGGGGCUCUUCCUCCGUUCUCAUUGUUUCCUGCUUUCCUUCCCCACCCACCCCUUCCUCAGCACUCUGUGUUGUAGCCUGUACUAUCCUGCUUCAAGCCUCCGUGUCCCUUGUACCUUCCCCCCACCUUGAGUUGCCAGUUCUUUACUCCCUCAAAUGUUCCCAUGCCACCUCGGGGGUUUCUGUUAUCUGACAUCCCUGGCUGCUUUCCUGGUAGAUGCCAUUCCCAGAGAGGCCAACAGCGUUCCCAGGCGUGGCUGGCUGGUCCGCAUCUCUCAGACUCACUCUGCCAGGCUGCAGUUUUGAGAAUACCUUUUUUGUUGUUGUUUUGUACCUGGAGAACUUUUUAUGAAUGAGUAAAUCUUCAGAAAGGAAUUCCUCCACCCUUACUGGGUUAUUGUCAGGUGUAAACGGCCUUUCAGCUGAGCAAUGUUCCUAUGAGAAGGAAGCCAUUUCUCUUGGCUCAUGAACACUGCCUUUUGGGUAGUAUACCCACACCCAGAUCUGUGAAGAGACCUGGAAUUGAAGUCUCCAUGUCGUCAGGACUUGGUGGCAUGUGGAUCUUGCUUGACUUGGGAAAAGAGAGGGUGGUGGUGAACUAAUAAUUAUGGAGUCCCCCUAAUGUGUCGAACACAAUGCUAGAUGAUUUCCAUGAUAAUAAUUACUCAUACUUGUGCUAAGCACUUGCGAUAUCGUACUUGUCACAACAGUCCAUGAGGUACUGAUUAUUAUCCCCAUUUUCUCAUGAGACUAAAGCUCAGAGCUCUAGGAUAGUAUACAGUGGCAAGAGGAAUUUACACCCAAGCACUCAGAUUUCAAAGCCCACAUUCUUAACUACCGGACUAUUCAUAUUACAGAGCAGGAAAAGGGUCUCAGACAGGUUAAGCAACCUGCCCAGAGUCACACAGCUAAUGAGUAGCAGAAUCAGGAUUCAAACCCAGAGCUGUCAAAAGCAAACCUUAUGUUCCUUUCACUGUCCCCUGCUUCCUUGCCCUUCAGAAAGGUCUUGGAAACAGGGGCCAGAGGAUGUGGUAGCCACUUCACUGGUGUUAUGUGUCUGAAUGGGACUUUCUCACAGGCAGGCCAUGCUGGGACCUCAGCCAUGGGGGUGGCCAGGGAGGUGGUUGAGCAGAAGGAUAGCUGGGGACACUGACUGGGGGUAGAGUCACCCAGUGUCUUUAGACAUCCUGCUGUCUAAAGCACUGUGUCCAAAGGGUAUGGCAAACUUAUAUGGACAGGUCACCAUUCCAAACAAGGAGGCCCAGUGUGUCAAUAGGAGAGGUCCUAAAGCAACAAAAAGGGCGGGGUGUCUGGGAUGGGC